AUGGUGGUGGUCAAUAACUUGAAGUCUCACUUUUAUUGGUAUUUUCCAAGAAAAUAAUAAAAAUUCAAUAGAAAAUCCUAGGAAAUUACUCUACAAUGUGAUGUUGCCUGAGAGAAAAGUCGAUGAAAACGUAUUUUCUGCCCUCCCCGCGGGUUCUUUCAUCGAAUCUGCGUUGAAAUUCAAAGAAUCCUUGGAAAUUGGAGGUCCAGGAAAGCUGGAAUCAUUCUUGGAAAGGUUUAAAAAAAUUAUUUGAUUUUUUUAAAAAAUAAAUAUCCUUCAGCAUUUCCACUUCCAGCACUUAUUAUGAGCAUAAUUCGGCGGCCGUCGCCUUGGAAAUCGUCGCGGAAACUUUUUCUCGAAUGGAAAUUGAUGGGUGAUUUUUUUUAUUAGGAGAAAAUGGUUCUUACAACGGAUUUGUUGAAGAAAAAGUCCAAUGAAAGUUAUAUUUCACGAAAAAUAGGGGAGAAAAUGGCACAGUUUUGGCUGAAAAUUGGAGAAAAAGGUUUUUCUAUUGCUCCAAAUUGUGGAAGAUAGUUAUUUUGCCUUAUUUUCUGGGUUUUUCGAAUAAAAUAGUCGUUUUUAACUGAAUUCUAUACUAAUCGAAGAGAAAAAUGGCACAGUUUUGGUUAAAAAAAUGGGGAGAAUGUACCUUAAAUUGGUUGAAAAUUUCAAAAAAAUCAUUGAUCAAAUGGGUAUUUUUGCUACUUUUAAAGUAUUUUUUUGAAAAAAAUUUUUCGAUUGCUUUAAGAGAAUUUCGAUUCUUUGAGGCAAAAAGCAUGUUCAAUUUAAAUGGAUUUCUUCAAAAAUUGCACGAAAAAUGGCACAAUUUUCACUGAAAAUUUGGAAAAUUGGUUGAAAAUUCAAAAAUAUUCCCUUGAAUCGUUAUUUUGUCUAAUUUUCUGGAUUUUUUUGAGUAAAAUUGUUGAUUUCUGAAUUUCGAAUUUUUCGGAGUGAUUCGUGUUCAUUUUUAACGGGUUUUCAUGAAAAUAGCAGAGAAAUCGGCGCAAUUUUUCUCGAAAAUUGAAGAAAAUUCUCCCCCAAUUGCACAAAACUGUAGAAAUCUUCGAUCAAACACUUAUUUUGCCCGAUUUUAUGGUUUUUUUCAAGUAAAAACUUGGCUUUUUGAGAAAAAAAUUAAUGUUAAUUUUGAACGGAAAUCUCAAGGAAAUCUUCUGAAAAUGCAUGAUUUUCGACGAAAAUUGAAGAAAAUGCAUUGAAAACUGUCAUUUCGCUCAAUUUUCUGGCGAAUUUUGAUUUUGAAAGGACUUUUUAGCUUCAUAUACAGGUUUUGCACGUUCAGAGUAGUUCUAACGGUGAAAAACUGAUUUUUAAAAUCCCAUCAUAACUUUUCAUUCAUAUCAUUCAUACAAAAUCUUGAUGCAAUUUUAAAAAAAUUUUAUUUUUAGGUGAAUUUAUGAAUAUUUCGUUUCCAGAGAUGAGAGAAAGCGAAUAAAUCAACUUCUUGCCAAAUUCACCCUCGAUUUGAUUCUCCGUGUUGAGUCGGACGCCUCGAAUCAACGAACAUUUGCCAUUCUCUCAUUUAUUCCUGUCCGAAUUGGUCUCACUUCCUACCGUCCUUCCGCUUCUUCCUUGAAAAAGGUGAUUUCCAAUAAAAAAUCCAAUAAAAAUCAUUUUUCAGGCGCUUUCAACCAUCUGUGCCCCGUGA